GCGGGAGGUUCGGAGCUGGCUGCGAGUUCCGCGGCUUUGUCGGGUUCGCGUGGCCAUGGAGGACUACGAGCCGGAGCUUUCCGACGUCGAGGACGACUUCCACAGCCAGUUCGCGGCCGAGCUCGAGGUGCUGGCGGAGCUGGAAGCAGAGACAGAGGCCUUGUCAUCCUCCAGGGACCGGAUCCGGCUGACGUUUGAGGAGGCCCUUGCUAGAGGGGACGCUGUAGCUCCCUGUUCCCCAGGUGGACCUUCAGGGAACCGCAAGCGGGAUGCCAGGAAGAGGCAGCUGGCCAGCGAUGCACAGAGGGACAGACUCCUGCCCCUCACUCCCAAGAUCAAGCGUCCCAGGCUGGAGGCGGUCAAGAGGCUGAACUUUGAGCAGAACGAGAUGGAAGAGCUGCUGCUUCCUGACUCCCCUCCUCAGGACAUCACCCCCCCACCGAGUCCUGAGGUCCCAGCUGAGCUGUGGGACGAGGGGACCAUGGACGGUGGUGCUGACAUGGGUCUCAAAUGGGCCUCCCCAGCCACUCGCAAUCCGGUCCUGAGGCGACCCCCUGUCCUGGAGGACUAUAUCAACGUAACCUCCACGGGCGGUGACCGUGCUUUUCUGGUGCUACGGCCUGACCCAGUGGGCACUAGGGUGCAGAGCUCUCUCUUGGACAUCCAGUGGCAUGGACAUGGACACCUGAACCUGCUGGGUGUGUCUUUUGCCACUCUGAAGGAGCAGGUUGACAGUGAGCGGCAGCAGCGAUUGUUAGAAGAGGCCCAGCGACUCUCAGAUACACUGCACAGCCUCAGGACAGAGGAGGUGGAAGAGGAAGCCCCUGAGGAGGUGCCAGCCAACAGCCAAGACGACUCCCAGCACUGCCUCUGGGUGGAUGAGUUUGCGCCCCAGCACUACACAGAACUGCUCAGUGAUGAUUUCACCAACCGCUGCCUCCUCAAGUGGCUGAAGCUGUGGGAUCUGGUGGUGUUCGGCCGAGAGAGGCCGGCCCGGAAGCCCAGGCCCAGUGUGGAGCCGGCCCGGGUUGGCAAGGAGGCCACAGCUUCCAGCAAGUGGAAAAGCCAUGAGCAGGUGUUGGAGGAGAUGCUUGAGGCUGACCUGGACUUGAGCCGGCGGCCCCGGCAAAAAGUAGCGUUGCUAUGUGGACCCCCUGGGCUGGGCAAGACCACCCUGGCCCACGUGAUUGCAAGGCACGCCGGCUACUGUGUGGUGGAAAUGAACGCAAGUGAUGACCGCAGUCCUGAGGCCUUCCGCACGCACAUUGAGGCGGCCACGCAGAUGGAGUCGGUGCUGGGCACUGGUGGGAAGCCCAACUGUCUGAUUAUCGACGAGAUUGAUGGGGCCCCCACGGCUGCCAUCAAUGUACUCCUCAGCAUCAUUGACCGAAAGGGCCCAAAGGAGGCAGAGCUGGGGGGCCCGGCCAUGUUGGUGGGUGAGGGGCGGCGGCUGCCAGCAGGAAAGGGUCUCUUGAUGAGGCCAGUUAUCUGCAUCUGUAAUGACCAGUUUGCGCCUUCUCUGCGGCAGCUGAAGCAGCAGGCUUUCCUGCUCCACUUUCCGCCUACAUUACCUUCCAGGCUCAUACAGCGGCUGCAGGAGAUCUCCCUACGGCAGGGCCUGCAGGCUGACCCGGGUGCCUUGGCAGCCCUCUGUGAGAAGACAGACAAUGAUAUCCGUGCCUGCAUCAACACCCUGCAGUUCUUGCAUGGGCGGGGCCAGCGGGAGCUGAGUGUUCAGGCUGUUCAAACUACACGAGUUGGCCUCAAGGACCAGCGCAAGGGGCUCUUCUCUGUGUGGCAGGAGGUCUUCCAGCUGCCCCGGGCCCAGAGGCAACGUGUGGGGCAGGACCCAACUCUGCCUACCCACAUGCUCCUGCUGGGCGAUGGGCUCAUGGGUUUGGGGCGCCAGGCUUCCAAGGCACCUCUGACCACAGCUGCACAACGGUUCUACCAUGUUCUUCAUGUGGUCGCCUCCGCGGGUGAGCAUGAGAAGGUAGUCCAGGGCCUGUUUGACAACUUCCUGCGGCUGCGGCUGCGGGACUCCAGCCUGGGUACUGUGUGUGCGGCCCUCGACUGGCUGGCCUUUGAGGACAUGCUGGGCCAGGCCGCCUACCACAGCCAGAGCUUCCAGUUGCUGCGCUAUCAGCCCUUCCUGCCUGUGGCCUUCCACCUGCUGUUCGCCUCCAGCCAUGUGCCAAGGAUUGCCUUCCCCAGUAGCCAACAGGAGGCCCAGAACCGGACAAAUCAGGUGCAGAACCUGAUUCAGACACUGGUAUCAGGUAUUGCACCAGCCACUCGCAGCCGUACGGCGCCCCAGGCCCUUGUCCUGGACACCCUCUGCCUUCUCCUGGACAUCCUCGUGCCUAAGCUUCGCCCUGUGAGCACUCAGCUCUACAGUGCCCGUGAGAAGCUGCAGCUGGCCAGCCUUGUGGGUACCAUGCUUGCCUACAGCCUAACCUACCGCCAGGAGCGCACGCCUGACGGGCAGUAUGUCUACAGGCUGGAACCGAACUUGGAGGAGGUCUGCCGUUUUCCUGAACUGCCUGCCCGAAAGCCCCUCACCUACCAGGCCAAGCAGCUUAUUGCCCGUGAGAUCGAAGUGGAGAAGAUGCGAAGGGCAGAGGCCUUGGCCCGAGAUGGGGACAGUCCCCAGGUCGACGGGAGUCCCCCAAGGGCCAAGAUCGCACAGGAGGGUGCUGGGGGAAAAGGGGCACAGCCACACAACCCCCGAAGCCACGAGCAGCAGCUGGAGCGCAUCCUGAAGAGAGCAGCCCUGGAGGACCAGACUGAGAGGGAUUUCUUCGGUCGUGUGGUUGUCAGGAGAGCAGCAGCCGUAAGCACAGAGAACACAGCCCCUGAGACUGACACAAUUGAGCAGCGAAUGGGCACUGCGGUGGGCAGGAGCGACGUCUGGUUCCGCUUCAAGGAGGGUGUCUCCAACGCCGUGCGACGCAACCUACAUAUCAGGGACCUGCUGUAGCUGGGUCACACCAGACACCCCAGGGUCACACUGGACGCCCUAGUCCACACUCCCCAGGGUUACGCCAGAUGCCCUGGUCCACGUUGGACACCUCAGAUCGAUGCUGGAUGCCCCGAUUUACACCGGAUGCCCCAGAGAUGCCUCUAUGUUCAUGACUGACACCCAGAUCUACACCAGAUACCCUGAGGUCAUGUUGGGUGUCCCCAGGUCCACACUGGACACCUCAGCUUUGCUUUCUCUGUUUCCUUUUAUUUUGAUUUUGAGAAUACAUUUAUUAAAGCUGAGGACAGUGACACAAGGAAUGUCUUAGGACUAAAGCAACAGGAGAGAGCCUAGGCUGGGCUGCUUUGGCUCACUGACAAAUAAGUCACAGUGACAGAAG